AUGACAAAGAAAAGAAGGAACAACGGUAGUGCCAACAAGGGCCGUGGCCACGUGCAUCCUAUUCACCACAUGAACUGCGCCCCAUGCGCACCUAGAGACAAAGCUAUAAAGAAUUUCAUCAUUUGGAAUGUAGUGGUGGUCACAGCCGUCAGGGACAUUUCUGAAGCGACUCUCUUCGAUGCCUAUGUGCUGCCCAGGCCGUAUGUGAAGCUGCAUUUCUGUGCGAGUGGUGCCAGUCACGGCAAGGUAGUCAGGAACCGCUCCCAGGAAGCCCGCAAGGACCGAACACCCCCACAACGAUUUAGACCUGCGGGGUCUGCCCCGUGA